GUUGGUGAAUGGUACUGCGUAAAACUCUGUUUGUAUGCUGUUCCGUUCACAUCGGGAUGCACAUUCGAGAACCGUUUCGGCAACCGAAAGUCAUGUAUGGGUUUGUGCGUGCUUUUGACAGAUUUGAAUGCUUUUUUUCAAUCCACAGCCCAUCCUCGCGCCUCCAUUCCUGAAAGAGGUCCUUAAAUGACCCACGACCACUGAGGAGCUCGCGCUUUCCCUGUCCGGAUCAUGGCAUGCGCCCCAUCCCGGACUUCCACACGCGCGGCGCCGAGGCUCGAGAGCAGUGAACAUGGGAAUCAGGUCCAGGAAUGCCACUAACAGUGCCGAGGACUCGCGCGAGCGGAAGAGUGCGCUGGCCGCAGACCUGGAGCAGUGCGCGGGGCAGGAACGGGACGGCGCGCUGCUGCUCGUCGGCUCGGGCAGGGAACCAGACUUUAAACGGGGCUCACAGAACAUCGGUUUGCUCGCUAAGACGCCCCUGGGCUACACACGUCCCGUGAAGAGGAAUAAUAUCAGGAAGCGAAGGAUUCAGAACCUCAUCUACGACGCGCUCGAAAGACCACGAGGAUGGGCGCUCCUCUACCACGCGUUUGUGUUUCUGAUUGUUUUGGGAUGCCUGAUUCUGUCAAUUUUAACAACGUUCAAAGAGCAUGAGAAAGAUUCGGCUCACUGGCUGGUGAUUCUGGAGACAUUUACAAUCUUUAUUUUUGGAGGCGAGUUUGCAUUGAGGAUAUGGGCCGCCGGCUGCUGCUGUCGAUAUAAGGGCUGGAGAGGACGGCUCAAAUUCGCCCGCAAACCGCUGUGUGUCUUGGAUAUCUUUGUACUGAUUGCUUCGGUGCCGGUGGUUGCUGUACGAAACCAGGGAAAUGUGUUGGCCACGUCGCUGCGCAGUCUGCGCUUCUUGCAGAUCCUUCGAAUGCUACGAAUGGACCGCCGCGGAGGUACCUGGAAACUGCUGGGAUCUGCAAUAUACACACACAGCAAGGAACUGAUUACAGCGUGGUACAUCGGCUUCCUGUCAUUGAUCCUGGCUUCUUUCCUGGUGUACCUGGUUGAGAAGGAUGAUGUCACGGUAGAGCCAUCAUACAGCGAGGGCCCCUCAACAACACCAGCCCCACAGGACUUUGACACCUAUGCAGACGCCCUCUGGUGGGGACUGAUCACCUUGACAACCAUCGGUUACGGUGACAAGACCCCAAAGACGUGGGCAGGGCGUCUUCUGGCCGGGACCUUCGCUCUUAUUGGUGUGUCGUUUUUUGCUCUUCCAGCAGGUAUUCUCGGUUCUGGGUUGGCUCUGAAAGUUCAGGAACAGCACAGACAGAAACACUUUGAGAAACGCAGAAAUCCUGCAGCUUCAUUAAUACAGGCUGCAUGGAGAUACUACUCCACCAACCCCGUCAGAGACGAUCUCAUCGCCACAUGGAGAUUCUAUGAAACUGUGAUCUCUCUGCCAUGCUUCAGGAAGGAGCCUCUUGAGGUUAUGGCUAGUCAGAAGUUGAGUUUGUUGGAACGUGUGCGGCUGUCGACCCCGAGACCGUCGACGGUCAGGGCUCGUGUGAUGAUGCCUGCUGCCAAUCCUGAAAGUGUGUCAGGGAACUGCGGGCCAGCAGAGGUGGUUGAGGAGAGUCCAUCAAAAGAGGGCAAACCAGCAGGGUUCAGUAACAGAGAGAGAUUCCGAACUGCUUUCAGAAUGAAGGCCUAUGCCCUGAGACAGAGCUCUGAGGAUACAGGAGGUCUGCCUGACCCCACUCCUGAGGAGAGGGGCUUCCCGCCAGAUAUACUGCUGGAGGAGAUGAUUCCAACUCUCAAAUUAGUCAUAAGAGCGCUGCGGAUCAUAAUAUUCCUUUUGAGUAAGAAGCGUUUUAAGGAGACUCUGAGGCCAUAUGAUGUCAAGGAUGUGAUUGAGCAGUAUUCUGCAGGACACCUGGACAUGCUCACCAGAAUCAAAUAUCUACAGACACGACUAGAUCUGAUACUGACACCAGGACCACCUCUCACUCCAAAACACAAGAAACCCCAGAAAGCACCAUUUCCGUACCCCACCCAGCAGUCACCUAGACACGAGUCCUAUCUUCCCAAAGCAAGCCUGCCAGAUCCCGAAGACCAAAGCAUGAUGGGUAGAUUUGUGCGGGUUGAGAGACAGGUGGAAGACAUGGAGAAGAAACUGGAUUUCCUGGUGGACAUGCAUAUGCAACCCGACCUCACAGGCCCCGGACACAUGACCAUGGAGCGCUGCGACCCCACGUUGACCGUCAGCGUCGCAGGCGACCGCGUGUACUGCAGCUACGGCCCGCCGCCGAACAACACACCGCAUUACACACACUCCGACGCCAACCCGCCCAGACCGACCGUCCUGCCCAUCAGCCCACUGCCAAGCCACUCCCCGUCCUCCAACGUCAGCCAGUCGGGAGGCCGCAGGGUGGGAACGCCACUGUCGCUGUUGUCGGUCACUCACGAGGAGCUGCAACGCUCGCCCAGCGGAUUCAGCAUCUCCGCCGAGAAAGAGGAGGUCACGGGCAAGGCCUCAGGGUUAACAGCGGGGUCGAGCUGGGGCUGCGACCGGCGCUAUUUAGCCGAGGGCGAGACGGAUACAGACACUGAUCCCUUCACCCCCAGCGGACCUGUUCCACCCUCAUCCACCGGAGACGGGUUCCACUCCGAUGGAGCGUGGGGAACACCACCCUAAAGACGCACUCACACGCACUCACUCACUCACUCUUUCUAAAGACUAGACUCUGUACAGCACAACACGACACAGACAUAAUACUCGUCAUAUCUAAAUAUGUAUCCACGUCACGCUUUACCCCUGCAAAGCAAAGAGCACUGCAUGGAAUGCAUGCGUUUUAUCUCUAGUGGUAGACACCGCACUUGGCAGAUCAAGACUGUGUGGUUAUAUUUGACUGGGAACUUUAAGGGAGGCGAACACAACAGAUGCUAUGCCAUUUUUGUAAACAUUUAUUUUUCUAUUUACACAUCUUUUCAUAUGCAUGGACUGCAGGAGUCAUCCACGGAGCAGCUAAAUGUAUCGACAUCUCCUCCGGUUUGCACUUGCUUUCGUUUCGAAUAUUUGGGUUUGAUGAAGCUUCUUUCUCUGCACAUCUUGAGCUUGUUUUUAGUUCCUUUUGCAGGUUGUACAAAGCUUUUUACUCCGGUCAGCAUGAACUGCACUGUGGGACAUGUCAUAUUUGCACCACUAGCCAUUUAAGGACCAAAAGCAGAGCCUCAAUUAGGAAUUCCUCAACUGUUUGGCCUAAAUCCAAACUAUGAGCACAUCCCGUCUGUGAGCGGGACAUUUACUGGCCGGCUCAAAGAGUAUUGCCACUGUACUGUGGGACCAGCGUUCCCAUGACAACUACAGUUUCCUUACACUAACCCUACAUCAAUCGCACGGAUCGUUCCAGGGUCAAUUUACUAUGGGAAAUUAUCAAACUUUAUCCUUAGACAGCAGAAUCAUUUUUUUUUUACAUCGACCAGUUUACUUAACAAAUUACAAUAAUUAAUAGUUACACUUACUGAAUGUUUUACUCCAAAACAAAUACUUAGGUCUUCCAAAUGGUUUCGCAUUGAACAGAUCCUUCAUAAAUUCGGUGUUCAAAUGUGAAUUUACUUUUUAUAUUUUACAUUUUUUACUUCCCCAGGUUUUUGUUGAUUUUUGUCAUAUAUGAUUUUUUUUACAAUUGAAUUUUUUUUUUUUUUAAGUACAAAGUUAAACUAAAUAAAAAUAACGGAAACAUUAUUAUUAUUUUUUAUUAGAAUUUCUGUUCAUGUUUAUUUUAAACUAUUUGUUUAUAGUUUCAGUUUUUUGUUGUUUCAGUUCACUAUUACCAUCCUGCCCCUGGUUAUGUGUUCUGCAUAUCUACUUCCCUUAAUUAUCGAAUUAAUUAUUUUACCAUUAACAAUGUCGAAAUUUACUGACUAUCAAGUAUCAAGAUAAUAUUUAAUAUCAAGAUUCAAAUCAAGUUCAUCAGUCUGAGGUUCGAGUCAUUUGUCAAGUCCAGUGUUGAACAGCUGGUCGUGUUGUUCCAGUCAGUGUUGUCUGCGUCGUUUAACAUGGUUUCCCUCAUCAUCUCAUUCACCUGGAUGAAGAAUUCUGAUUUAAUGGUGACUUGAUGCUCAGUAAACCUUGCAAAUAUAAUUUUGCAACUUGAAUUUAGGAAUUUAAGAUAAACUGCACUAAUAUUAGUACUAAUAUCUGUAUACCUGUAACAACAAAGAGUUUGAAUAGAGAGAAAGAAAAAGCCAUAAAUUGGAAAUUAGUUUUUUUUUUUUUUUUCAUUUAUUAGUAAUUUUGACCAUGGAUGUUUUUUUUACAUUCUUUUCUUCUCUGUUACUUUGUCUGCUAUAAGCCUGGGGUUAUGAUGAGGUCAAGGCAGUACAAUUAGGUUUAAUAUGGUGUCAGAUGCUUAAAGUGAUAGUUCACCAAAUGUGGACACAAAAGAUAUUUUGUCUAAAUAAAAAAUGUUUUUGUCCAUGCAAGUAAAGUCAGUUGGGUCCAAAACACAGACAUUUUUUCCAACUAUCUUUCUAUUAGUGAGAAACAAAGUCAUACAAAUUUGGAACAACACGAGAGUUGAGUAAAUGUUGGGUGAACUAUCUCCUUAACCAUCCUACAAUCCUGCGAUCGUGAGACUAAACAAGAUAAACUCAAAUAACCAUGAUCUCAAACCAAAUACUGUUGUCAUUAUCCCAGAAUGAACACUACAGACAACUUUUUAACUUUUUAUUUCAAACUAGUCCAAGUCCAUUACUAUUCUCAGCUAAACCAGCUAAACUAGAAAAAUGAGUCACAAUCAGUCACAAUAAGUCACAAAUCAGCCCAAUAAAGCUUGGAUUAAAAACUGUCAAUUAUUAUCUCAGACCAAACAGCUGCCCAUUAUAAUUAUUCACCUGCUCUCUGAAAGUAAGGACUGCUAUCUGAUUUUCUCUCGGACUACCGUCUGUUCUGAUCUCAGACUACUGAUGUACACAGAUACACUGCUGUUUAUUGUUUGUGCCUUGGCCUUUUAGAGCUCCAGUCCCUCUCUGCCGGUCAUUAGGUUCUCUUCAUCAUGAAUCAAUCCUUCCAUCAUUUUGCUUUUUAGGCCAUCCAUAAUCGUUUUGCUCUCGGUGGUAUCAGUAAAGCAACUGUUCAUUUUCCUAGGACCUAUUCGGUUGUGUAUUUUCCUUUUAAAAACCCAACAAAUUAUGUUUUCCUUCUCUACUUUUUGGUUUCAGAUGAAAUGAUUUCACACUAGUGGCCUUCUAAGCUCUUAUAUUCAUUCCAGUUUUUGAAUAAUAAUCUUUAUUUACAUUCUGGUCAAGGCCAGGUUUUAAUAGUUUAAUUUGAUGAGAUAAUAUGCAAAUGUUAUGACGAACUUGAUUUUUUUAUGUUAAAUCUUCAAAUUGCACCAGUUAGUA